AUGCGAGAUGAUGUCGGGCGCCAGUGGGACCCCAGUCGGGCCCGGGAUCUGUCUGCCGAUGCAUCAACAGGCGCCUGGGGAUCGAAAAUCAGCCUGGCGGUUCCUGGCUCGGCAUUAGUCCCCAAGCAAAUCUGCCCGACGCUCAGUCUAUACCGCCCGAAUCGCAGCUGUCAAGUCCGACCGACACGACAUUUGGGCGACACGAACAUGCCCGUGCUUUUCGAGGUCUGGGGCAGGGAUGAGACUUUAAGAGAAUCCGGCCACGGAUCGGAGGUCUAG